AUGGACUUACCAGAGGAUGAAAAGGCCAACUCAUCGUUCGCAGAAGAUACCCAACGGACUCGGUUGCAACGGUGGUUCGCGCCUACCAGCGAGUACCUAGCCCAUUGGGGGAUCGAGACGAAUGGGAUCGAUCCCAUUCUCCCCGAAGACAGGACGGACACUAAGCUGUACCAGAUGUUCUUUGUUUGGUUCUCUGCGAACAUGAACGUCCUGGGAUUUGGAACAGGCUCUUCGGGUCCUGCGUUCUUUGGUCUUGGACUGCGGGACUCUUUCGUCAUCCUCGGGAUAGUGGAUUUGAUCUCCUGUGUAAUCCCGGCAUAUUUUGCGGUAUUCGGUCCCAAGCUAGGCAUGCGUUCAAUGGUGUUGGCGCGAUACUCAUGGGGAUACUUCGGGUCCAUUAUCCCUGGCGCUUUCACUGUAUUUUCGAUGCAAGGUUUCUUGAUUCUGAAUUGCAUCAUCGGCGGCCAGACACUCGCCAGCGUUUCUUCCCACUUGGACGACACGUUGGGGAUUAUCAUCAUAGGCGUUCUAUCACUCAUUGUGACGUUCUUCGGAUAUCGUGUCAUUCAUUGGUACGAGACGGUGGCAUGGAUCCCUAGCGUCAUAACUUUCGUUGUGAUACUCGGCCUCGGCGGAAAGCACCUCACCCAGGCUCCAUGUGAUAAGCUGGUGCAUUAUGACCCCCGACUAUGGCGUGUAUCACACGAACAAAGCCUCAAGCUUACCUCGCAUCUGCUCGGCGCCGCCUUCGCCGCCGCUGCACCGGGCGUGCCCUCCUGGGAAGCGGGCUUCGAUAACGGCAACAAUGCUGGGGGCCUCAUACAAGCUGUCCUCGCUCCUUCUGGGGGAUUCGGCAAGUUUUUGACUGUACUCCUGGCGCUUUCGGUCCCGAGUACAUGCGCCCCUACACUGUAUACGUUCGCGUCAAGCUUCAUGGCGAUCCAUGCGAGUUUCGCUCGGGUGCCCCGAUACGUAUAUAUCUUCAUCUCCGAAGCUAUCCUCAUCCCUGUAGCAAUAAUAGGCGCGAGGCAUUUCUAUGCAACAUUCGUAGACGUUAUGAAUGUCAUCGGGUACUGGAGCAUCGUCUUCGCCGCGAUUGUCAUUGCAGAACACGUCGUCUUCCGGCGAAACGACUGGGAGCGAUACGACCUCUCGCAAUACUGCCAACCCAACGGACUACCUCUUGGCCUCGCUGCAAUACUUGCGUUUUCGUGCGCUUGCGAAAUCAUCGUCCCAUGCAUGUCCCAAGCGUGGUAUGUCGGGCCUAUCGCAAACGCCGGGACAGGCGACAUCGGCAUCAUCGUUGGAUUCGCACUCGCGGGUAUGGUGUAUCCUGCGUUCAGGGCCAUAGAAAUCGCGUUUUCCGGAAGAUAG